CUUGUUCAUCAGUUACAUUUGGAGAGAACUGUGUUGAGGAAUGUCAUUGUAAGACGCCCGGAUGUAACGAAGUGACCGGAAUAUGUCAAACACCAGGGUGCCAGGCUGGUUACCAUGGGACCAGUUGCAGUCAAGGUUGUUCGAGAACAACAUUUGGAGAAAACUGCUCAUUCACGUGUCACUGUGAUACUCCUGGAUGUGACUCAUAUACAGGACAAUGUAUCGUUUCCGGAUGUGUGGCCGGUUGGAAGGGAGAGUCCUGUAGCACAACUUGUUCUUCAGUUACAUUUGGAGAGAACUGCGCCGAGGAAUGUCAUUGUAAGACGCCCGGAUGUAACGGAGUGACCGGACACUGUAACACGCCAGGAUGCCAGGCUGGUUACCAUGGGAGUAGUUGUAGUCAAGGUUGUUCGAUCACAACAUUUGGAGAAAACUGCUCUUUCACGUGUCACUGUGAUACUCCUGACUGUAACUCAGUAACAGGUCACUGUAAACCGCCCAGGUGUGCAGUCGGCUGGAAAGGGGAUUCCUGUAAUAUAAGUUGUUCCGAGGGAAUGUUCGGCAAGGGAUGUAACAAUCGAUGUAACUGCGCUGUACCCGGAUGUAACAAAGCAGAUGGCACUUGUACAAACACAGUUGCAGGAUGUCUGGAUGGCUGGAAUGGUUCUUCCUGUAGCCAAGAAUGUGUUGCCCCGUAUUUUGGAAAUAAGUGCGCAUCACAAUGUAGAUGUAAAACAGUUGGUUGUAACAAUGUCGAUGGAGUAUGCACAGAACCCGGAUGUCAACCUGGGUGGAUGGGGACUUCAUGCUCAAUUCAAUGCCCCGAAAAUAUGUUUGGUGAAGACUGUCUCCUCACGUGUCAUUGUAAGACACCCGGAUGUAACCGCUUCAAUGGGACCUGUCUUUCAUCUGAUGGAUGCAGCGACGAAUACAUUGGUAACUCGUGCAGUACAGAAUGCGACGACGGUUUCUUUGGGCCAUCCUGUGUUCCCUGUUCUACUGGUUGUUCCGAUCCUGCCUGCAACAAAAUCACUGGGAAAUGCAGUUGUAAAGAUGGUUAUCAUGGAAAUGACUGCAGUCAGUUGUGUUCAUCCAAGUGUAAAGAAAGCACGUGUGUUAAGGAAAAUGGGUUCUGUACAGGCUGUGAUCAAGGAUUCCAUGGCAAUGACUGUCUUGAUCGGUGUCCGGUCAACUGUAACUCAAGCAUGUGUUUCCAGGAUAGUGGAUUUUGUACAGGUUGCGAACCUGGAUAUUAUGGUGCUAUAUGUGACAAGGCCUGUAAAUCUAGCAGCUGUAAAGACAACAUAUGCAACAAGACUGGUGGUGACUGUGUUGAGUGUGCCCCUGGACUGUAUGGUGCUGCCUGUGACCAAAUUUGUCCGGAUAACUGUAAUGAAGAGUGUGAUAGAAUUACCGGAGUAUGCAACGAUUGUAAAGCUGGAUAUUACGAUGACUAUUGUGUUAAAAGGUGUCCGCAAAAAUGUAAGGUGGAUAUUUGUAGUCAGCAUUACGGGCACUGUAAAGAAUGCCAAGAUAGACACUACGGUGACCAUUGUGAUAAAAUUUGUCCAGACGACUGCGAGGACCACAUCUGUAUCCAGACCAAUGGGCAAUGUCCAGGCAACUGCGAUGCUCCAUGGGGGCUAUUCAUUACAUUAGGAGUGGUGAUGGUGUUCCUCUUGGUUUACAUGUGCAUAAGGGCCCGUAUCAAGAAAUGCUGCAAUCAGCAAGGCAAUAGAAACAACCGAAGAGAGAUGAGUUCAUACCUCCAUCAAGGGGAAAGGUACAAUGUAUCAUCGAGGUCGGGCAUCGAUCCGGGUUGCCAUAGCAAUAGGAACAGGGGCAGUAUCCAGGAAUGCUGCCAUCAGCAAGGCAAUAGAAACAACCAAAGAGAGAUGAGUUCAUACCCCUCUCAAGGGGAAAGGUACAAUGUAUCAUCGAGGUCGGGCAUCUAUCCGAGUUACCAUAGCAAUAGUAACAGGUAUUUUAAUCAGUAAAUACCUUCUCUCUUAACAGUACUGUGGAACACAAAGGAGGCAAAACCAGUUUUACCAAAGUUGUUUCUUGUUCAAAUACCGGGUCUUUUUUCUCAAAAUUCCUUAGAAGAUGCAUGACAUUACACUUUUUACUCAAUAUUAGAGGAUUGCUAAUUGUUUAAUCCAAUGAAAAAUAUGAAGAUAUUUCUCAUCAAUUACUGUAAGUAGUCAUUCAAAGGCCUAUAAAAAGAAACACCUGUGAUUUUGGUAAACCAUCCAAGAAACAGUAUAUUAAAAUUAGCUGCGUAUUAUGUACGUUUGUAUGCCGCUUACAAAUGAGUAAUGUUAAAGUCAGAGUCUUGUUUUGCUUAAUGUAUCAAACAUUUUUUUUUAAGUCCUCAAAGGCUUUAACACUUUUACUUGUAUGUUUGUUUCGAAUGUCAAUGGAAUCUUAGUCGAAAUGAUCACAACCUUAAUAUAAACUACUUCUUAAUAACCAAGAAGCUUGGGGUUGUUUACUGGUCAGAAGCAUGCUGGGUAGAAGAUCUAGAGCUAUCAGGUUAUUUAGCUCAUCCGGCCCGAAGGGCCAAUUAAACGUGUGCCGUGAUGCGGCAACCGUCUGUCCGUCCGUCCGUCCGUCCGUCUGUCCGUCGUCAAAAGACCUAGUGUGAUGAUAUUUGACCAGAAGCAAACUGGGAUGAAUGGCUACCAAGUGUCUUAAAAUAAAUACCCUUCACCCAUAUUUUAGGACACAGGGGUCAAAUAUGUUGAAAUCUUUAAAACUUCUUUUGAAUAACCAAAAGGUCCAGGGUGAUGAUAUUUGGCCUGUAACAUGCUGAGUUGAAGGGCUACAAAGUUUGUUCAAAAGAAUGACCCUUUUCCACAUUUAAGAUAACAGGGAUCAAAUAUGUUGAAAUCUUUAUCCGACUUCUCUGGAUAACCAAAAGGCAUAGGAUUAUGAUAUCUGGCCUGUAACAUGAUGGGUUGAAGGGCUACCAAGUUUGUUCAAAAGAAUGACCUUUUUUCAUAUUUAAGAUAACAUGGGUCAAAUAUGUUGAAAUCUUUAACCGACUUCUUCUAAAAAAUCCAAUUUGAUAGUUUGUUUGUGAUGGUUUGUGAUCUUUUUAAUAAACAAAUCGUAUAGGGUGGUGAUAUUUGGGAUGAAGGACUAUAA